GGCGCAGUGUGUCGUCGUUGGUUAGAACGUUAGAAGGUUGCUAGAAGCAGUCAGACAGUGACAGAUGAAGAGAAAGAGAGAGUGCGCGCGGCGCGUGAGGAAAUGUCAAAAUGGGAGAACAAGUGAUGAUAGAAAGUAACAACACUCGCACACGGUCUCUGUCCACGGCUUUUUAAGCAUGUCCACAGAUGACAGCAUCUCUGAGGACGUGUCCAGCUCUGUGGCCUUGAGCCACGACCAGAUCAGUGCCAAUGGCGGGAAGGAGAGCGAGGCAUCCAUCGUCUCCUCUGAGGACACCGUAUCGGGUCUCCCUGAAGAGGAGCGCUCCGCGUCCCACCCCGAGGGCUUCCUUCAGGCCACAGAAGGGGAAAACAGACCCUCCACCACACCAGCAUGCAGCAUUUCGAACAAAAUAAGGAAUCUGUGUCUUCGCACCGAGGAGGAGUUCAGCUCAGGGAGAAGUUUGCCCUUCAUCAACCCCAGCUCCAUAGAGACGCUCAGAGCCCUGGUCCAGGAGAUCCAGAGCAGCGGCGAGACCGACCCUGAGAUCUGGAAGAACUGUGAGGGCCGGUGGCUUCAUCUUUUUCAGUUGGUGGAAAAGCAAUAUCAAGAGCAAAUCCUUGCUCAGCAGGAGCAGUACCAGUGCCAAAUACAGCUCAUACAGGAUGAAAUUAAGGCGUUAGUGCAGUUACAGAACCGCCAAAUCAGCACACAGACUCACUCUCUGGAGCCCAGUAAGAACCCCAAGCCUCUGGAGGACCCAGUGGAGAGCACCUUCAUGUUGUCGGCUCCAGGACCUCUGUCGCCCCCCCAGCUCACCGUUCACCCUCAGGAGAGCUCGGAGGAGGGGAUGGUUACUGUGCUGAGCAGUGGGUAUGGGACUCUUUCCACCUGGGAGCAUGGGUUAGAAACAGGGCGGCCCAGUUCCACAGAGGGGAGGGACGAGGCGCUGUGGUCCCCGAACCAGCAGGACGGGAGUCUCACACCAUCACCUAUACCUGACACAAGCCCUCUGGGCCAAAACCCACUGAGCAGAGCCAAUGACAAGCUCCAGACGACUGAGAGAGUUUCGCUUGAUGUGCCGACUGAUAAACAGAGAGUAAUAAGUCAACCCCUGACCUCCUGGGCCCAAAGGCAAAAACACAGACAAAAAAAGAGCCGAACAACACCAAACCGGACGUCAUAUGUGGAGGUGCGGGACAGGAGCACAGCAGGAGCAGGAUCUCCGAAGCAGCACACAGAUCACUUACCUGAACGUGGAUGCAGCACAGCCUCCACAAAUCCAUUGCCUCUAAAGAGAAGUGACAGUUUGGUGUCUGAAGCCUCAGGCCUGUCUUACUGGAAACUGGAUGAGAGUGAGUUAUACCGCCCUCUACCUGACAACUUUGAAAGUGCUUCCUUUGUCCUCAUGCAGACUCCAGAUGAGAACCGUCUGUCUCUGCGGGAGAUCUACCAGAGCAAGAGAGCAGAUCCCAAAGGCCACGAAUGGGACUCCUUAAUCAACUCAUCCACCUCGUCUCUUCAGGUGUUGACUCUGGACUCCACGGUGCACGUGAAGCACUCGGAUCGCACGUCAGGCUUCACGUCGCCAUCCCACUUCAGCAGUCCGUCUGCGCAGGUCCGGGCCUGUCCCGUCAGUCCCGACUCCAUGGCCCUGCGCAGCCACAGCGACACCGACUGCAUGUCCAACACCAGCAGUCUGUCUGCACAGCAGGCGCCCGACCGGACGUCUCCCUCCCCGGCGGCGAUGAGAGCAAACCAGGCCAACAGUGAGGAUGAGGGCAGCCACACUGCCACGGUCACCGUACAGCCCAGAGGACCGUCUGCUCAGGAGAUGUACAAGCCCAACAGAAACAGCCCAGAGACGGGCAGAGGGAAACCGGAGCAGACGACCUCGCUGGAGGACCCUGUUGUUCUCUCGCUAUUGAGACAAAACCUGAGAGAGAAACAUGCCCGUCACAUAACUGACCUCAGAGCGUACUAUGAGGCUGAGAUCAGUGCCCUGAAGGAGAAACUAGAUCUGGUGAAUUUGCCUCUUGACAUGGAGAAAAGCAACCAAAUCUUGCUUGAGAGAUGUCAGCACCUGGAACGAGCGUUAACGGAGGCGAGCACACGCAUCCGAGAGCUGGAGAUCAAAAACCACCUCUUGGAGAGACAGCUGGCUGCAUGGCCAGAGCGAUACGACGCGGCCAGCGCCACAGUCCAGGCCCUGCAGCAGCGGUUAGAAGAGACCAAACACAACAGCCGUGAGAAAGACGCCACUGUGACCAAACUGAAGAACCACCUGCAUCAGCUGGAGGAGGCCGUGCAGAACGCCUGUAAGGAGGUGGAUGAGAAAGAGGCCCGCAUGAAGAAAGAACACAAGAUGCUACAGGAUCUCCUCCACGAGUAUGAUUCACUGAGAAGGGAGCAUGAGGGAGCGAAGGACAAGUUGGUCUCCACUGAAAAUAAGCUCUUUGAUGCCAAUGAACAAAUAUCAGAACUGAAAAGAGUCGUCUCUAAGCUAGAGGCUCAAGUCCGACAGCUACAGCACGAAAAUCUGGCUAAAACACGUCAAUCUCUCCACAGCCACUCGCAACCAUCUGGAGCAGGUUUGUUCCACCACCCUGAUCUUCUGCUUUCACCGAGUAAAAGGCAGCGUGGGUGCUGGGAUGUUGAUGUGGGCAUGAGGAACGACGCUGGUCUCAGAGGUGAACAGACAUCUGGAGCUAGAGGACGGCUGUCUCCACCAGAGAGAGAACAGACUCAGGGUCACUCUGAAGAGCUGAGGAAGAGGGAUGUUCCCCUGACGCCCAUGAUGAAGGCCCUGAUCCAGAUGGAGGAAACCAAAGCCACUGAGGGCCGCGCGCUAUCCAAGAACGGCUGCAGUUCCUCCAGGUUGCCUAGGAGGAGGCCUACGGUGGCUUUUGUGGAGAGUUCUGUGAGGGACGCGGUGGAGGAGCGGAGCGGAGCUGUGCUGAGGGCCCAGAGGAGUCUCUCUCCAGAGGGUCACAGGUCAUCAUCUCUGCCCCCCAGAGCACAGAGAGCCGCUCCUCUGGCCACACCCACAAAGAGAGACACAUUACUCAUGCCUCUCUCAGCCAAGUCCAGUCCAAAGCGCUGCCCGACUGAGAACUUCUCCACCGCGUUGGGUCACCCUCUUCCAUCCCAAGAGCACCUGCAGAGCAGGUUUGAUGUUUUUGAUCGAAACGGCGUCAGCUCCUCUUUACCGUCCCAUCCGAGUCCAAGGAAGAGGUUACAGUUUAAGGCUUCUGACAGACUGGAAGUGAACCCUCAGUCCAGCGUGGGCUCGUCUGAGCCUGCAGAGAGCAGUGAGUCUGAGGAGCCUGCGGUCGGACCCAGCUGGGAGGAACAGGAAGCUGCCGGUGAAGAGACGGCCCUCUCCUGUCAGCCUCGUAUUCAGUCGCUGGCUGACGCAGAGCGCCUCUUUGAUGAGCUCACACAGGAAAAGCAGCAGAUUGAGGCAGCACUGAGCCGGAUUCCAGGAGCCGGGGCCCGUGUCACGUUGCAGAGCAGGUUAGACGAGGUGUCACUGGAGAAUCGCCUAGAAAAGGUGAACCACGACCUUGGGUUCAUCCGCAUGACUCUGAAACGAUUCAACAUCCUGCGAUCUUCUGCCAACAUAUAGCCAACGGCUGCUGUGAACUGUCAUGAAUUAUGAUCUUUACCCUGGACCAUAUGAAUUAUUAUUACAAUGGAACAGUCGUUCCAAUGUACAGACUCCAAUAUGUACAUGUUCAGUAAAUAUUUCUACUUUUAUUACUGUAGGAUCUAUUUUGUAUGUUUUAUUACAUGGUGAACAUACUAUAAAGUAUAUUUUAAUAAUGCCUAGAUUUGUAAAAACAUUUACUUUUUUAAUGUCAAAGAAUUAUGGGAAAUUGUAUGCUCGACUCGAUAUUUUUUAUUUGAUUUGUUUGCUGCUGAUUUAAAUGAAUGGCAAAAAUUCAGUCCUGCAGGGCAGCUCAUUUGCAUAUGUUUCCAUUCCACUAUGUGUCUUAUGACUCUUAAUUUAAAUGACACUUGAAAAGGUUUAUAAUUUGCUCAAAUAUCAUCAGGCUUUCACUGUCUGUGGCAUGUUCAUUAAUUUACAUGAUAACAUUGCCUGUGCCAUAUGCGAGCAGAGAAUGAUAGCACAUAUCUGAUAAUAAGAUGAGUAGAGUUGAAUUGCCUUGUCGAAAUCAUCUUACGCAAAGAACACAAACUCAAACCAGCACCGACUGUUUACACAUGAUUAUCAAAGCUAGACCUCUGACAUUUUCCAGUGCAGCACAGGAUGUACUGCUCACUUUGAUGCAUGAAAUUUGAAAUAUGCUCUUCUCUGCUUUUCCAUUGUUAGUUGUUGACUGUUCAGUUUUUUUUUUUUUCCUGUAGCUCAUGGAAUCUAUUUAACUGUUGCACAAAAUGUUCCACAAUUAAAACCGCAUACUGAAUCAUG